AUGGAUGCAUCUGCCCCAGGCUCUAUGCGCAUCCUAAUUUUGUCGUCUGUUUUUGUGAGCCAAUCUAUGGCGUCUAGCUCGACACCUCUGCUCGGCUGGCAGUUAGACGGGAACACUCGCUCGGCAUGGGACAUCCUGUGGACUUGUUUGUCAACAAUUUUUGCCUGCACGUGGACUCUUCUUCACAUGGACGUCCCUCCCCGCAAUAUGUCCGUCGCGAGAUUUACAAUUAGUAAAAUACGUCUGUGGGUUCUAACUAUCCUAGCCCCAGAGGUUACGUUCGUACGGGCGGCCGGUCAGCUCGACGAUGCGAGAACUUUGAAGAAAGUGUGCAACAAGGCACAGAAAAGACGAGACGCGGAAUCCUCAGAGCCAAAACUAUGGCUAUCACAACGGACUAGGCCGCUUGAACAAGUUGAAAACUUGAAUCACGUAGAUCUACAUCCAGUCCACGCCGAUUGGACGCUCUGUCAAUGCUUCUGUGUCAUCGCUAGCGGACUCGUGUUGCAGACGCAGGAUCAAUGGAUCUACACAAUACGGCCCCACGAUAUGAAACCUCUCAUCCAGGCUGGUAUUGUCCACUGUUCGGACUUUCGAGACCAGGAUAUCGAAGAUCGAGCGAAAGCAGACUCGUUUGCCAAGUUCUUUACCGUCCUUCAAAGCACCUGGUUUUUAUGCAACGUCAUCACACGAUGGGCCUACGAUCUACCAGUAAGCCCCAUCGAAUUAUCAACUGUUGCCUAUGUGACCUGUGCUAUUUUAAUAUAUGGGGUAUGGUGGUAUAAACCUAAAGACAUGGGCACGUCUAUCGCAAUCCAUCUACGAUGUAACCGUGAUGAUAUACCGAUUGAGGUUCGCAAUAUAAUAGAGGGGAAUUCCACCGGGUGGGUUCAUGCACGAGCUCUCGUUAACGAGGAUAACCGGGUGUCUGUCUUGUGGAAGGCUGUUCGAACGCCUUUCUUACGCAGAGAUAUUGAACAUCUCGAGUCGAUCGAUGAAGCAGGUGGUCUUGAUCUUAUCAAAACACCAUUUGGAAUCUUCAUUUUUGAUGUGAUAUGCAGUUUCACUGCUCUUCUUUACUGCGGGAUUCAUGUGGCCGCGUAA